GAAUCGUCGGUGGAUCAUGAUUUCUUUUACGCCCGGCUGCGGUCUUCACCUUAUGGAGUGGCGGGUGGCUGGCAGCCAACUCAAACUGAGACUCUGACCUAAUUUGCCAUUGGGCUAGCCAAUGGACCUACUAAUCCACGUGUCCAUCACCAAGUUAUUAUAUCUUUAGGCAUCAAAUUUCCAAUUGGGAGAACCAGAGAAGAAGAAAACUCUCCACGCGGGCGUUGCCAUUGCGUUCCUUUGGCUUUGCUUUUCCUUCCAAUUUCCUUCACUGGAAUAACAAUCUUGAAUCUUUCCGAUUAACCACAAUUUCAAAACGAUAACUAUUUUUGUUCCUUAAUUUGUUUCUUUUUCAUUCUUGUGAUUGAUGAGAAAAGUUGCAGAGGAAUGAAGUUUUGGACAUGAAGAGACAGAGAAGUAGAGCUGGAAGAUGGAAGAGGUGCCUGGUGCAAUGGGGACAAGCGCUAGCUUGGCUCUGAGAUUGGGUCAGGCUAUUUUCUCAACUGCUUCUCUUCUCUUCAUGUGUCUGGGCAUUGACUUCUACAGUUAUACUGCUUUCAGCUAUUUGGUGACUGUCAUGGGUUUUGUUAUUCCAUGGAGCAUAACUCUGGUGCUAGUGGAUGUAUAUUCUGUCUUUGUUAAAUGUUUACCUCAUCAACCAAGAAUUCUGUCAGCCAUUAUCAUUGGAGAUUUGGUUUUAUCACUUCUAUCAUUAGCAGCAGCGAGCUCAACAGCAAGCGUUACAGAUCUUCUGCUUGAUGUUGGAACUCCAUAUUGCCGUGCAAACUUCUGUAGCAGAUAUCAGUUGUCAGCUGUUAUGGCUUUCCUGUCUUGGUUUCUGUCAUUUGCUUCAUCUCUCUUCAAUCUUUGGCGUCUACCUUCUUUGUAAACUUUUCUACUUUUUAUAUUGACAUAUGGGAACCUUUUGGGCAAAUCUUGACAAAUCCUUGUUGCUCAAUAUCAAAGUUUGUACAAUAUUGAUUAGUGUCAACUCUUUACAGCUAAUCUUAAAUGAUAGAACCAGCUGCCCCCAUCAAUUUAAUCAAGUAAAAAGCCAAAUCUUUAAUAGAUUUUUCCAAA